CCAAAACCGUCGGUGGCCUUUUUUCUCAAGGUACAACCACCCAUGCAGCAUUAUGAUUGUACCUUCUAAUCGCCAAAAAAACACACUCACAUUCUUCAUUUAUUUAAGACACAACAGCCACUCACAGUCACAGACUCCUCACACACCGCCAUUGCUUUUCAUCAUUCCAAGGCUCGAUUUUACUAAAAAUCCGUUCCUUUUUCCCUGAGACUUACAAAAUCUCGAUCACCCAGAGAACCCCAUUUGUUCUUUCAAAAGAAAAAAAGUGAACUUGCUGAAUUUCAUCACUGUUAGUAUCUCAGUUAGCCGGAAAAAAGGGGGAAAAAGAUGAGAGAUGAAGAGGCCCAGAAGCCCCAAACAGCUCCCAGCAGCAGCAGCUGCACGAAUUUGGCGGCAAGCUUCGGCGGCAACGGCAAGAGGGAUAGCCCUAAUUUGGAGGGGCUGUUUGGCAGGGGCAAGUACAAAUUGUGGGCCCUGACCGCCAUAACCCUGCUCGCGCUCUGGUCGAUGUUCACCGGCUCCGUCACUCUGAAAUCGUCCGCCGUCAACCUUGACCGAUUGUCUGAGGACUUGGAGCCCUACGCCCAUGGCGACCUUGAUGUUUUGGAUGUGGACGAAAGGGAGAAAAUGGUGAGGCAAAUGUGGAAUGUGUACCAACACAGCAGUAUUGCUCGGCUGCCGAGUUUCUGGAGGGAUGCAUUCGGGGCAGCAUACCAAGAGCUGACGAGCGAGGUUUCCAGUAUACGAGAUGCCGCCAUUUUAGAGAUUGCGAAAAUGUCUUUCUGGUCCCACAACAUAUACGACUCGCCUCCUAUAGAACCAACUUCUCGAUUAUCGAAGGAAGUUCGACCGAGCAGCAACUUGAGGAAGAUGAGAAAACAGAUGUGAUAAAAUCAGGAUGAUACAUUUAAAAAAUUUAUGUGAUUUUGCACAAUGCAUUUACUAAUCACAAUUAUAGGCCAUAAGGAUUGUUGUAAUUAUAUUAUUGUCUUUAGCAUCUUCAUUGCAAAGUGAUGAAAUGCGGACAUGUUACCUUUGCAAGCUUCUUGAACGAACGAAAUAAUUUGCUGCUACACAAAAGUACGACAUUUUAUGAAAUAUGGUUGUCUGAUGGUUAGACAACCCAACAACAUCUGUGUUAUAGGUAAUGUGUUUAACGAUCGAUCUUUGCUUUCUAACAACAACAUUUGUUUGGGUUAUGUGUUUAACGAUCGAUCUUUGCUCUGCAGCAUUGUUAUGUUAUGUGAU